AUGGCAAGAGCGACUCGCGAUAUUCGCACGUUUUUCGGUGCGCAGCCACUGGCCAAGAAGCGCUGCACAGAUAAGAAUAUAGGCAUUGAUAAACCGAACUUGGUAACUGAGAAUAAAAGUGUUCAAAAUAUUGAGACGUGUACUAGUCUUGAGAAUACUCUGGACGAACAAGGCCUAGAGCAACUCCACGGCGACGCCGGGCGAGUAAUGAAAUUUGCAGAGUUGCAGAAGCUGGUGCAGCUGCGCUCACUCAUGCAUCAAUCAUGGUUUGAUAUGCUGCAAAAGGAAUUUGCGCAUGGUUCCUUCAAGACACUGACACGUUUUUUAGAGGCGGAGGAAGGCCACAAAAAGACCAUUUACCCACCACCGACUGACGUAUUCGCGGCUCUGCGUGAUUGUGCGUUUGCAGAUGUGAAGGUUGUAAUUUUGGGCCAAGAUCCGUAUCAUGGACCACAGCAGGCACACGGGCUAAGCUUUUCAGUGCGUCGUGGAAUUCCACCGCCACCGAGUUUAAAAAACAUAUUUAAAGAGGCCAUGAAUGAUGUUGGCAUUGUUCGUCCAUCUCAUGGCUGCUUGACCUGCUGGAGUCGUCAAGGCGUUCUUCUUCUUAAUACAGUACUAACGGUGCGUCAGGGGGAGCCUAAUUCGCACAAGAAGCAGGGCUGGGAACACUUGACAGAUGCAAUCAUUUCUACUAUAAACAAAGACGCCUCAAACGUCGUAUUUAUGCUUUGGGGGAAACCUGCGCAAGAAAAAGGUGUGCUUAUUGAUGCAAAGCGGCAUCUAGUGGUCCGCUCCUCACAUCCGUCACCACUUGGAGCUUCAAAGACGAACGCUCCAUUUCUGGGCUCCAAAUGCUUUUCGCGUGCUAAUACAUAUCUCGUAGAUCACGGAGAUCGUAUACGUUGGUCUAGCCGCAUAUUUGUUUACUAA